CGGCGCCCCAUGACUCUGUGAUAGUCGCAACGCCUCUGACUGCGAUCCGGGCCAAGCACGUCCUCUGAGUCCCUCCCGGCGAUGGCCUAUGCAGUGCCUCGUUCUUGUUUCCUCCUGUGCAUCCUGUGAUUGACAGUGUUGUCACCGCAUCUCAGACAGCCAACACUACCCCAGACCCGCGCUAGCACCUGCUGACGCCACUGCGAUUCCGCCAUCGUCACUGGCACCGAGGUCCAUCAUCAGCGCCGCCUCUGCUGGCCUCCUGCCGCCACGAUGGCCGCCCAGUCGAAGCUCGCCGUCUCGGACCGGUCCUUGCGAAGCGCCGUCUCUCAACUCACGACCUUGUACAUCCAAAACCGCACCCGCAUCUCACGCGGUGUCUAUCUCGCCUUGUUCGUCACCCUCGUCAAUCGCGUGCGCCAUGCCGUCGCCGAGCAGAAGGCUGCUUCGGCCCGUGACGAGGCCCGCCGCGCAUCGGGCACAACAUCCUCUGCUCUCGAUGCACCUGAAGAUGCGGCAAAGAAGAAGAAGAAGGUCGAGCUGAAUCGCGAGUUCUUCCGUUCUCUGCUGCGGCUGCUCAGGAUUGUCAUCCCAGGCUGGCGCAGCCAAGAGGCCCGGCUCCUGAUCAGCCACAGCUUCUUCCUCGUAGUCCGAACUCUCAUCAGUCUGAAGGUUGCCGAGAUGGACGGCGCGAUUGUCAAGGCACUCGUCAAAGGCAGUGGCCGGGAGUUCCUCAUGCGGAUCGUGUGGUGGAUGGUGAUUGCUGUGCCGGCCACCUUCACAAACUCCAUGCUUUCCUACCACCAGGCCGAACUCUCCCUGAAGUACCGCACCCGUCUUACACAAUACAUCCACGACAAAUACCUGUCGCAACUCACGUUCUAUGGCAUCUCUUCCCUCGACGACCGGAUCAAGAAUCCCGACCAGCUCAUCGCGGUUGAUGUAUCUAAGUUUUCCAACAGCUUGGCUGAGCUUUACAGCAAUCUGGCCAAGCCUAUUCUCGACAUGACAAUAUAUACCUGGUCAUUAUCGAAGAGUGUGGGCGGCGAGGGAGUCAUCUCCAUGUCUCUCCUGGUUCAGCUGUCUGCACACGUCAUGCGCGCUCUUACGCCGCCAUUUGGCAAGUUUGUAGCUGACGAGGCUAGACUAGAGGGCGAGUUCAGAUUCCAGCACUCCAGACUCAUUGACCACAGCGAGGAGGUCGCCUUGUACCACGGGCAUGAAGCCGAAAAGGACACGCUCGACAAGGGCUACUUCACGCUCAUCAAGCAUGUCAACUAUAUCCUGCGCCGCCGGUUUUACCACGGAGUCAUGGAAGACUUUGUCAUCAAGUACCUCUGGGGUGCCCUUGGCCUGAUGUUGUGCAGCGUCCCGGUUUUUUUCAAGCUGCCAGGACAGCUGGCCGGUAGCAUUGAUGUAGCCAACAUGGGAGACAGGACCGAGGCUUUCGUUACCAACAGACGCAUGCUACUGAGUGCCUCGGACGCAUUUGGCCGUGUCAUGUUCUCGUACCGAGAAAUCAUGGAGCUGGCAGGUUACACGUCUCGAGUCGCAUCACUGCUGGAGGUCAUGGACGACAUCCAGGCUGGUCAUUUUGAGAAGAAACUGGUUUCCAGCUCUGGCACCGAGAGCCACGAGGCCGUUCUGAAAGGUAGAGGCAAGGUGGUGGAGAGCAAGGAUAUCCAGUUCAUCGACGUGCCCAUCAUCUCGCCCAAUGGUGAUGUGCUCGUCAAGGCAUUGUCGUUCUCGCUGAAGCAAGGCGACCACCUCCUUGUUGUGGGGCCCAACGGCUGCGGCAAGUCAAGUCUGUUCCGCAUCCUCGGUGGCCUCUGGCCAGUCUAUGGUGGCACAGUCUACAAGCCACCCUUCACGGACAUCUUUUACAUUCCUCAGCGGCCAUAUCUGUCCCGAGGCAGCCUGCGACAGCAGAUUACAUACCCGGACAGUCUGCGGACUGUGCGCGCUCGUGGGGUCACGGACGCGCAGCUGUUUGACAUCCUCAAGAUUCUCAAUCUCGAGCACCUGGUGGAUCUGUACCCAGAAGGGUGGGACGCGGAGGCCGAGUGGAGAGAUGUGCUGUCUGGCGGUCUGCAGCAGCGAGUCGCGAUGGCGCGCCUGUUCUACCACAAGCCGCGGUACGCGAUCCUGGAUGAGUGCACAAGCAGUGUGACCUUGGAGACGGAAAAAAUCAUGUAUGACAAUGCCAAGGCGCUGGGCAUCACGUUGAUGACGGUGAGCCACCGGCGAAGUCUGUGGAAGUACCACAGUCGGAUCCUGCAGUUUGAUGGCCAGGGCCACUAUGUGUUUACCAAGCUUGACGCGGACAAGCGGCUGAAACUGGAGGACGAGAAGGAGGACCUCGAGGUGCUGCUGAGACAGGUGCCCGAGAUCGAGAGGAGGAUUGGGGAGCUUGAGGCGGCGUCCAUGUAGACUUGCGACCCGUUUACCACGGGACCCUAGAGGGCAAGGCAUGUGAGCUGAGGUGGCAGGGAGGGAUGCAUUAUCAGCGCGUUGUAUACAUUGUCGUUUUCUGCCAGCUCACCGUAAUCCAUAUAUCGACUUUCCAUGUACAAGAGAAAGAGGUCAGGCCAG